CGUGUGACCCUGGGGAACAGGCUUUUUUUUUGCAGUACUAGAAUAAAGUGUAAUUGCGCAUCUUCCCAGCAGGGGGCAGUGGCGCUCUCAUUGUUACUUCUGUGACGUUUGCGACAGUGCAACGUUUUACGACUUACAAGACAAGUUAGGACAGUCACGGUGGGGAGGGGGGGGCGCGAAUAGUUUUCUUCUUGCUAGGGGGGGGCGUAACAGAAAAUAAUUGAGAAGCACUGGUUUAACCGGAGGCAAAUCCGGAGGGGUCCACUGCACCGAUGUGACCAAUGCUAGCCGGACCAUGUUGUUCAAUAUUCACACGAUGGACUGGGACCCGGAGCUGUGCAAAUAUUUUGGUAUCCCAAUGGAGAUUCUGCCCCGAGUGAGAAGUUCCUCUGAAAUCUACGGCCUCAUGUGUCUUGGCCAUCAGUCGGCAGCGCUGGUUGGGCAGAUGUGCUUCCAGGACGGGCAAGCCAAAAACACGUAUGGAACAGGCUGCUUUUUGCUACGCAACACUGGCCCCAAGCCUGUCAUGUCCGAGCACGGGCUUCUCACCACCGUGGCUUACAAACUGGGUCGAGACAAACCCGCCUGCUACGCCUUAGAGGGUUCCGUGGCCAUCGCGGGAGCCGUGGUCCGUUGGCUGCAGGAUAAUCUCGGCAUCAUCGAGUCGUCCGAGGAGCUCGAGAAACUGGCCGCAUCGGUUGGGACAUCCUACGGUUGUUAUUUCGUUCCUGCUUUCUCGGGCCUUUACGCGCCGUACUGGGAGCCCAGUGCGAGAGGGGUCAUUUGCGGCUUAACCCGGUUUACAAAUAAGAGUCACCUCGCUUUCGCCGCCUUGGAAGCGGUCUGCUUCCAGACACGAGAGAUUCUGGACGCCAUGAAUCAGGACAGCGGCAUCCCACUCACCCAGCUGCAGGUGGACGGGGGUAUGACGUCCAACAGGUUGCUGAUGCAGCUACAGGCCGACAUACUCUGCAUCCCCGUCGUGAAACCAUCCAUGCCGGAGACCACCGCUCUGGGCGCAGCGAUGGCGGCCGGCGCAGCGGAGGGCGUGAGCGUGUGGAGUUUGAACCCGGACGACUUGAGCGAAGUCACGUCGGAGAAGUUUGAGCCUCAGAUCAACCCCGAAGAAAGCGAGUUUCGCUAUGCCCGCUGGAAGAAAGCCGUUCAGAAGUCAAUGAACUGGGAGACCACCGAGCUUCCCACCAAUGGAAAUGGUGAAUGCAGCAUCUUCUGCAGUGCCCCGCUGGGCUUCUACAUCAUGGGCAGCAUGCUGAUGCUCAUUGGAGCCAAUUACAUUGCAGGGCACAACUAGUCUCCUGGCAGCCAGCGAGGACAAAGACCUACUGUUGAUUAAAAAAAAAAAAGAAGGCAACAUCUUGAAAUAGUCGACUGUAAAAAUAUGUAACCUAAAAUAAAUCAGUAUGAAAAAGGUCAGUCUAAAAAAUUUACGAUGGAAAAAAAAAUUCAACUGGAAAAAAAAAAUCAGCUAAAAAUUGCCCACCAAAAAAUCAGCUAAAAGAAAUCUGCAAAAAACAAACAAAUCUGAAACAUCUGGGUACUGUAUUAAAUGUCACUUUUCAGCAUCAAAAUUCAAUGUAAAAAAAAAAGUCAACAUCUUGAAAUGGUCAACUGUAAAAAUAUUUAACCUAAAAGAAAUUAGUGCAAAAAAAGUCAGUCUAAAAAAACUUAGAAUGAAAAAAAAAUUAAAUUGGAAAAAAAAAAUCUGCUAAAAAUUGCCCGCCAAAAAAUCUGCUAAAAAAAAUCCGCAAAAAAAAAUGAAACAUCUGGAUACUGUAUUAAAUGUCACUUUUCAGCAUCAAAAUUCAAUGUAAAAAAAAAAAAGUCAACAUCUUGAAAUGGUCAACUGUAAAAAUAUUUAACCUAAAAGAAAUUAGUGCAAAAAAAGUCAGUCUAAAAAAAUUCGCAAUGAAAAAAAAAUUAAACUGGAAAAAAAAAUCAACAAAAAAUUGCCUGCCAAAAAAUCUGCUAAAAAAUGUGCCUGCAAAAAAAAGAAAAAAAUCUGCAAAAAGAAACAAAUCUGCAAAAAAAUAAAUAAAAUCAUCUGUAUUAAAUGUCACUUUUGUAAAAGUUGUGGGACUUCAAGCAAAGUUUCUCCAAACACAGGUAGAAAAUUCUCCCCAAGUCAUGUCUAGGGCUGACCUCCAGAAAAGGAAACGUUUGCUGGAUGAAAUCCCUGUAAGUCCACCGAAGAUCCCUCCUUGCGCCUACCAGCCUGGUCCUGAGCCACCCCCUCCCCAGGAGUAUCAGCUCACAUUAUUUCAGUGGCAAAUCCAACAAGAAGCGCGCAAGUUUGAAGGAGUCGCUCCCGAGUUGCUGAGCAAACAAGAUGCCGACGGUGACACAUGUCUUCACAUAGCUGUGGCCCAAGGCAGAAGAGCUCUGGCCUACAUGCUUGCUUCCAAGAUGGCCGUCCGUCUACGGUGCUUUAGAGGUGAAAGAGCACAAUGGGCAGACGCCGCUUCAGGUGGCCGCGGCAGCCAAUCAGCACCUCAUCGUAGGUGACCUGCUAGAGCACGGAGCAAACUUGCAGACUUGUGGGGGCGCUCCCCUCUGCACAUUUGCGCUGAGAAAGGAUUCCACCUCUGUCUUCAGAAUUAAAGUACCAGAUGAUUAUGGAUGCACCCAAGCAAAGCCAAGUAGGUGUUGGACCUGGCGUUCAAAUGCAAAGAAACAUGGGAGACUAUGCCGAGGUUCACGGACCCUACAGAGCCAAUCGCGGGUAUUCAGCCUCGCUGCAGCCUCUCCAAGUCCACAACGGUCUGUCUAAUCCACCGCGUGCGUCCACCCUGAGGGAAUGUGAGCUCAUCAUCCGUCAGCUGUACAACACCAACAGUUUACAGUCCCAGCAAAUUGUGCGCUACAAGGAGUUGCUGAAAGAUAUUGGGCUCAACAAGAGAAUCACCCCCGAAAACUACAACCUGACCAAAGCCUUCCUUGCGGAUGAUAUUUGCAAAUUCUCUGACAACACAUUUCCGAAACUGGAUCUGAAAACAGAAAAAACGACCGCCGUUGGCCUCCCGGCGCUCACGCAGGGCCUCAACUCAUCUGUGGCGGAGCGCCAGAGACGGAAUCGCGCCGUGCACAGAAGCCACGUCAAGGGCACGGUGCGAUGAGAUGAUCCAGAUGCUCACCUCUCACCUGCAACUACGGGGACAUGCAAAGUCAGUGUCCGUGUGAUGUCACAGAUCAAACAGCCAAUCAAAAAGCCGUGGAAGAACCGAGAGAAAUCUUUUCGCUGGGUAGAAGCUUGUAAACGGCAGAGAUUUACAGUACCUAAUGUCACCAAAGACACAUAUAUAUAUAUAUAUCAUUGUCAAUUAUUCUCAAAGCAUCCCCUGAUCUUAAGCCCCCCAAAAGAGCUACGAAAAACUCCCAAAAACCCUACUAAAAAAAAUCAUUUUAUUUAAUCGUAUUUAUAUAUUUAUCAUAAAUGUAUCAUUUAUUCAUAUUACCUUACCAUACUACCAUAUAACCCUAACCCUAAAUAUUUCUGACACGUCACCGGUCCGUAGUUUUCCAUUCACUUGUGAGUUACUCCAUCAUACCAUAUUCAUCCCGGGUAUUGAGAGCCAGGCUUCCUUAGUGGAGUUGUUGGUCCUCUGGGAUCUCACCCCCAGCAACACGGGUUUCAAUUUUGGUGGGGCCUAAAAAAAUUAUUAUGCCCUGCAUUUGACUAGGGGUGUAACGAUACAUCGAUACGCAUCGAUUAAUCGAUCGUAGAGCACUAGAUCGCGAUACAUCGUGAAUGAACCGCAGCAGGCUUUAAGAUAUCGGCAAAUAUCGUAUCGUAGUUCUUUAUAUCGAUAUUAUAUCGUAGCGUGAAAAAACGCGCGAUUUACACCCCUACAUUUGACCCAUCCCCAUGUGAUCGAGGCUUCCGUAGUGUGGUGGUUUGUCUUCAGGGCUUUCACUCCAGCGACAUGGGUUUGAGUCUGGGUCCAGCCUAAAAAAUAAAUUUGCAACACAGUUGAUCGUGUAUUUCCCCAUUUAACCAUCCACCUCCCUGAAGCUUAGGGUUGGGUUUAGAGCUAAGGUUAGGUUUAGAGCUAGUGUUUGGGUUAGCGUUAGAGCUAGGGUUAGCGUUAGAGCUAGGGUUAAGGUAAGCGUUAGAGCUAGGGUUAGAACUAGAGCUAGCGUUAGGAUUAGAGGGUUAGGGUUAGGAUUAGGGUUAGAGCUAGGUUUAGGGUUUGGGCUAGGGUUAGGGUUAAGGUUAGGGUUAGGGUUAGCAGACCCCGAGCAGGGGUCGGGAACCUUUUUGACUAAGAGAGCCAUGAAAGCAAAAAAUUGGGAAAUUUAUUUCAGUGAGAGCCAUAUAUUUUAAAAGUGAAUUCAACUAAAUGUCAGUAUAAUAAGCCUCUUGAAUUUAUUCUUUUAAAUAAUGUUGUUAUAACACUCAUCAUUACAGAACAGUUCUUGCCGACAGAGGCAUGUCUUGUAUCCGUUUCAUUAUCUUGUCUUCAAAGUCCGCUUUAUUGUCAAUCUCUUCACAUGUCAAGACAGACAAAGAAAUCGAAAUUACAUUUUCUCUAUCCCACGGUGACGAGACAUAUUACACGAUAGACAUACAAGUAAACGACACAAUACAAAAACAAGAAGGCACAAACAUUAAAUAAUAAGAAUGUUGAAUAAAUAAUAAAUAAACAGAUAACACAAUAAAUAAGAGGAGCAAAACGGAGCCAGUGUGCAUACAGCAGACAGUAAGCGUAGCGCAAACGUACAGGACGCUUUGUUCGGAAGAUCAUGAAAAAAUUCAUUGGCUACAUCCAGCAUGAACGUUUUAGCAUACUCGCCAAUAUUUCAUUUUAUCUGCGAGCCAUAUGCAAUCAUCAAAAGAGCCACAUCUGGCUCGCGAGCCAUAGGUUCCCGACCCCUGGGUUAGUGCUAGGGUUAGCUCGCCAUUUUCUCGACUCGUACUCGCACUCUUAGGGUUAGCUCUAAGCCUUACCCUAACCCUAGCUCUAACCCUAACCCUAGCCACAGCUCUAACCCUAACACUAGCUCUAAACCUAACCCUAGCUCUUAACCUAACCCUAAGCUUUAGGGAGGUGUGCCGUUUUUUUCCGUGUAUAGUGCGCCCCCGUGUGUAGUACGCACCCCUAAAAAUGGCAUGCUGAUGCUGGAAAAAAGCUUGUACCCAUGUACAAUUUUUUUUUUAAUUUUUUUUUUUUUUUUUAAGUCCCAAUGAUCGUCACACACGCAGGGAGGCAAUGGGUCCCAUUUUUAGUCUUUGGUAUGGUCUUAACUAGGCUGGAUGUCAUUUUUUUUGUUGCCGUUGAUUUCUCCGACUGCCCGUAAACGCACCACCGCGUCUGAUACGAGAGCAUUGCGGUCGCAUGGAGCGUGUUUGAAGUGAACAGCAGAGAAGAAAGGAACAAGGCAAAGUGUUGUGAAAUAAAAUAUUACCUGUAAUACGGAUUUAGGUAGAGAACUGAACUCUCGCUCUUUAUAUAGCUGACGUGUCUUGCGCAUCCGUUCUGGGCAUCUGUAGUGGCGGCCUCCGUAUGAUAUCCGGUUUGCGGUGACAGAGCCGUCGCUGAAAUUUAGAAGAUAUUUUUAAAGUCCUGAUCUAAAAUUUAAGUGGACCUCAGUGCGCACUGCGCAGGGAGCUUCAUUUGGUGCGGUCGCGCAACCGCAGCGCGCCGGGCGUUCACUGUCGCAUUGCUUAAAGAGCGAGCGCCUUUGUGUUUUAGGAUGAACAGCAGAGACCAAAGGAACAAGGCAAAGUGUUGUGAAAUAAAAUAUUACCUGUAAUACGCAUUUUGUUAUUUGCUGAUUGAAACUGCUAAUUAAACUGUGAAUUGAAACUAAUAGGAAGAAAACAACUCUCGCUCUUUAUAUAGCUGACGUGUCUUGCGCAUCCGUUCUGUGCAUUUUAUUUCACAACACUUUGCCUUUCUUCUCUGCUGUUCACUUCAGACACUCUCGUAUCAGACAAGGCUUGCUCGAUCACCUUGGGGGGCGCGGUGCUAUUCCUGGGGGGGGCGCGUGUGACCCUGGGGAACAGGCUUUUUUUUUGGCAGUACUAGAAGAAAGUGUAAUUGCGCGUUUACUACAGCAGGGGGCAGUGGCGCUCUCAUUGUUACUUCUGUGACGUUUGCGACAGUGCAACAUUUUACGACUUACAAGACAAGUUAGGAUAGUCACGGUGGGGAGGGGGGGCGCGAAUAGUUUUCUUCUUGCUAGGGGGGGGGGGCGUAACAGAAAAUAAUUGAGAAGCACUGGUUUACGGGCAGUCGGAGAAAUCAACGCCAACAAAAAAAAUUACAUCCAGCCUAGUUAAGACCAUACCAAAGACUAUAAGAAUGGGACCCAUUGCCUCCCUACGUGUGUGACGAGCAUUGGGACUUAAAAAAAAAAAAAAAAAAAAAAAUGAAAAAAUUUUUUGUACCCAUGUAUAAUGCGCACCCCAGAUUUGAGGACAAUAAAUUAGUUAAAUUUUGCGCACUAUACACGGAAAAAAACACUAUGGUUAGUUAUAUGGGGCACGAGCCACUAGUGUUGCAAGUUUAUUUUUUCGGCCACACCCAGAUUCAAACCUGUGUCGCUGGGGUGAGAGCCCAGAGGACUAACCACUCCACUACGGAGGCCUCGAUCACAUGGGGAUGGGUCAAAUGCAGGGCAUAAUAAUUUUUUGGGGCCCCACCAAACUUGAAACCCGUGUUGCUGGGGGUGAGAGCCCAGAGGACCAACAACUCCACUAAGGAAGCCUGGCUCUCAAUACCCGGAAUGAAUAUGGUUUGAUGGAGUAACUCACAAGCGAAUGGUCAACCUUUAUUUACGCCAGGGAAAAAUCAUGGCCAAAGCUUAAUUGAAAGUGAAAAGUGCCACACCCGCCCUCACCCCCACUUUCUGUUUGAUCUGUGAUGUCACACGGACACUCCUUUAGGUACGUCGCCAUUUUCAAGCGUACCUAAAAACACGUCAGUUCAUUAGAGAAAAAUGAUGGCCAAAGCUGAACUGAAAGUGAAAAGUGCCACACCCGCCCUCACCUGUUGCUGUAACGUCACACAGUUAACCAAAUGUCCAAUUUUUGCUAUUUAAAAACUACUACAAGUGUUACAAAAUCAAGAUCACCCAAAGAGAAGCAUCAUCUCCCCGUUGUUGCAUCCCUUCAUGUAUAUAAGUUAGCCGUGCAUUAAAGAAGUGUUGUUUCAGUGA